AUGCCAAAAUCAUUGCCGGCAUGGCUCCAUUUCAAUUCGCACGAUCUCAAAACCCUCUUCCGCUGCGCAGCCGCAACAUGGGUCGCCACGGUCCUGAUGUUCAUCCAUCCCACUCUGCGAACCAUCGGCACAGCCACGUUUUUCGGAUGUCUGGUCCUGUUCAUCAAUCCCCCCUCUGGGAUCCUCUUCAUUUUCAUCCUGGGAACGCUAACCCUGCUGAUUGGCAUCGCCCUCGCCUGGGCCUGGGGCGUCAUCACCAUGAAAGCCGCGCUGGCUGCUCGUCCUCAAACGGAGACACUGGCCCGUCUGCAGAUGCUCGGACAGGAGGCGGCCAGACAGGCGAAUGCAACCGGCCAGAGUGCGGCCAGCGUGCAGUCGCAGCUGGUGUAUGACGGGUUCAUGCUUGAUGCGCGGGUUUCGGUCAUUUACUUUGUUAUGAUUUGUGUUUUUAUUUACUUUUUGGCCCGGCUGCGCGCCGCAAAUCCCAAGUUCACGCUCGUCCAGAUCUUCGGGACCAUCAUUGCCGAUCUAUUCCUGACGAUAGGCCCGCUUCUGCCUUCGUUUCGGGGGACGCUGCCGAAGCUUCUGAUCAUCCCUGCCGCGAUUGGUGCGGGUCUGGGUCUGGUCGCCUCGUUACUGCUUUUCCCACAGUCGACGUCGCAUGCGGUCCUGGCUGGUAUGCAGGCGUUGGUCGAGUUGGCGAAGCAACCGCUCAGGUUGACGGCUACUCGUACCGAGGAUUUGGAUUUGAAAACGUUGAUGGCGCUUAAGACUCAGCUCAUCGCUGGGUACAAGGCCAUGGAGCCGGCGAUGGGUUUCCUGCCGUUGGAUCUUUCGCGCGGCCGAUGGAAUGCGGUCGAUGUGAAGAGCCUGAGGCAGCCUGUGCGGCAGGUUCUUGUGAGCACGGUGUCGCUGCUGGAUUAUCAUAUCAACUGGCUGAGCGCGCGGGCUAAUGUGGACCGCGUCCGGGCCCUGUCCAAGGCCGGAACGCCGGUGAGUACCUCGGACGGACCCCGACAGGAGGCCAAGGGCGAGGCUGGACAGCGGCAGAUGUUGGAAAGCUUGGAGAUGAUCGAAGCCAUGACCAGUCCCGAGUCGGAGGCGCUGCGGUCCGGGACGCAUGCCAUUCUGCGGGAAUCCAGCGGGGAGAUUCUGCAGGCGUGCGAGGAGGUGGCCGGCAUGUCGGUCGAGUGCAUCCAUACGGUCAACUCGCGGCGCUGGCUCGGCUCGCGGGCCGCGGAUCGGUUGGACGAGUGUCAGAAACUCCUGGAGAAGCUGCGCGCGGCUCGGGACGCCUUUGCCGAGCAGACCACCGAGAAGCUGAUUACGCAACACGGUGAGAUCUUUGACGAGAGUGGGAGCCUCAAGCGCCUUGACACCGUUGGCGGCACGUCCAUCAGCAGCGUCAUGGCCGGCCUGGCCUUUGAAGAGCUGGUCAUCUCCGUGGCGGACGCUCUGGAUCAGUUCCUCUCGCAGAUCGUGGCUCUCCUCGAGGCCCGGCCGAAGCCGCGCCUGUGGUUCCCCACCAGCAUCGAAUACGCCGUUGGCUGGGUGCUGAGACGGGACGCUCGCACCCCCGUCGCGGGACAGUCGUCCGACCCGGACCCGGACGAUCCUGUAGUUCAGACAGACGAGACGGAACAGCUCUUCCGCCGCAUCAGCCGGGGAUACCGCGUCAAGCAGCGGAGUGGCUUUGGCCGCGUGGUGCUGGGGACGUACCACUGGUUUGUCAGCGCCGAGGGUCUCUUCGCAUUGCGCAUGGUCAUCCUGACGAUUGCUCUGGCGGUGCCGGCCGUCAUUCCAUCGAGUUCGGGAUUCUACUACCGUGAAAAGGGCCUCUGGGGACUCAUCAUGGGGCAGACCACGCUGCUGGUGUACAUGUCCGACUUUACCUUUUCGCUCAUCUGCCGGGCCGUUGGAACAGUUAUCGGGGGCGUCGUAGGACUGGCCGCGUGGUAUAUCGGCUCCGGACAUGGACCGGGCAACCCAUACGGACUGGCUGCCAUUUCGGCCCCAGUAAUAGUGAUCUUCAUGUGGGGACGACUAUUUCUCAGUCCUGCGAUGCUGCAAGCGACCAUCAUGAGCGCCGCAACGUUUUUCCUCAUCAUCGGAUACAGCUUCGCCGAUACACAAAUACCCCAAUACGGCAACCCCGGCGUCGGCUACAACGUCUUCUGGCGCCGUCUGGUCCUGGUCUUUGUCGGUUUCGCCGCCGCACUAAUCGUCCAGAUCUUCCCCCGCCCACCCUCAGCAGCACGACACAUCUGCACCUCGCUAUCCAACACCCUCCGCCGACUAACAGACCACUACGCCCUUCUUCUCUCAUGCUGGGCCCGCCCCAACAACGACCCCCGCAUGGCAGAGCUACUCUCAAUCGAAGUCGCCGAGCGGCUCGCCGCACUCAACGGCCCCAUUGCCCUCCUCGGACUGGAAUUCUCCAGCUCCCGCUUCGACAGCGCCAGUCUGCGACAGGUCCAGGCGCUCUGCCAGACCCUCAACCAGAACCUGGGCCGGUUGCUGCUGCUCUCAGCAACGCUACCGCUUGAACUACAGGAGCGGCUGGCGCGGACGUCGGGGGUGCUGGAGCAGCGGUCCAUUGCGGACGUAAUGGCCGUGCUGGGUGUUGUGGCGCAGGCGAUCAAGACGGGGGAUCCGCUGCCGGAGUUGACUGAGGUGAUGCCCCUGCAGACGGAUUUGAUCAGGGAGAAGGGGUAUCGCCGGUACUGUGUGGGGGUGAUGGCGUAUGUGAGGAUGUUGGCUGCGGUGGAUGAGUUGGUGAUGGUCGUCAAGGGGGUGUUGGGCGAGGCGCAUAUCGUCCAGUUGCCUCAGCCUUAG